UUGUUCCUGCUGCCUAGGUCACCAGGCACACUAAACCCCAACCAACUUGGCUUGAAUUCUUUACCAGACCAGCUCUUACUUUUUUUCAGUUCUUUUAAUGUGAUGAGUUACAUUCUUAGAGAGGAAGGAGUGGUGGAUUCUCAAAGGGAAUCAGAACACUGUAAGGGCUUGGGUUGCUUUUUGUUUUUACUUACCUGCUCAGAGCAAAUGUAACUUCCGGAGUCAGUCAUUUUGGCUUUAAGAAAUUUCUUCAGCAUUUUACAACAGUUCCCAAGGUGACUGGGAUCCAUCAGCCCUGAAACCCAGAGACUGCUGUCAGUUGCCUCUCCCUGCUUCUUGGCACGAAAGCCCAGUCAGAGCUGUUUGAAAACAGCUCAUUCACACAGCAGUUGAAAACCAGUGUUUGGACGUUUUUGAAAUUGACAGCCUACGAAUUGCUGUCCAACCUACCUGGCUUCCAUUCCCCAUGGUGAAUGGCGUUGGUUUCAGCAGCACACUGAGUGUGCUUUUCUGAAGGAUUCCAAACUCAUAACCAAAAAUGCAGAGUGGGAAGAUGCUGAGUUCUAUCAAAUGUGUAUUGGUGGGAGAUUCUGCUGUUGGGAAGACUUCUCUGCUGGUGCGCUUCACCUCUGAGACCUUCCCAGAGGCCUACAAGCCCACGGUGUACGAGAACACGGGUGUGGAUGUCUUCAUGGAUGGCAUCCAGAUCAGCUUGGGCCUCUGGGACACAGCUGGUAAUGAUGCCUUCAGGAGCAUCCGACCCCUCUCCUACCAGCAGGCAGAUGUGGUGCUGAUGUGCUACUCCGUUGCCAACCAUAACUCUUUCCUGAACCUGAAAAACAAGUGGAUUGGUGAAAUCAGGAGCUAUUUGCCCUGCACCCCUGUGCUGGUGGUGGCCACACAGACUGACCAGAGAGAGAUGGGCCCUCACAGGGCCACCUGCAUCAGUGCCAUAGACGGGAAGAGACUGGCCCAGGAUGUGAGAGCCAAGGGCUACCUGGAGUGUUCAGCGCUUAGCAACCGGGGGGUACAGCAGGUGUUUGAAUGUGCUGUCCGUACUGCUGUCAACCAAGCCAGGAGGCGCAACAGAAGGAGGUUCUUCUCCAUUAACCAGUGUAAGAUUUUCUAAGCCCUGAGAACUCUACCCAGCACUUAACUGACUCACCUCAGAGACUGCAGAGGACAGGGAAGCACGGGAACCAGCAAAGGUUGAUGCUCUUUGUGGAUGUGUCCCAAGCAGUGUUUCCUUUUGGAUACAGUUGUUGAUGGGAUUUAGUCACUGGAUGUUUUUACUAAGUACACUCUACAAAUGGACUCCUUGCCCAGUACUUGGAAAACUGUAAUAAAUAGUUCAUCUUCAAUUAAAAACAAAAGCAAAAAACUAAGAUGCUCUCAUAAUUUUGAACAAUGCAGUAUGCAGUGAGUUUUCUAAAGAAUUACAUAUUUAAAGACAAUUUUUAUUUAAGAAAUGACAAGAUGUAUAGUUUUGUAUAUGAUUAGUUUUCACACUUGAAAAUUCUCCUACGUAGUCCAACAUAAAUCACUCUGAGUAAAAUAUCCUUGUGAUUCUCUGUCAUAUGUUUGUAAUGUUUUCACUUGAAAUAAGAAUUUUGUUGAACCUA